CCGCCGCCGCAGUUCCCCGGGCCAACAGUCCCCGGGCCAACCCCGGCCGGCCGCCUCGCCGCGCCGUCCUCCGGACCCUGGCCCCGGGCCCUGCGCGCUCUGCCCCGACCCCGGCUCGGCGCCCCGGACGGCGGCCCCCUCCUUCGGGCGGCGGGGUGGCUCUGCCCCGCCGAGCUUCCCGGGAUGCGGGCCCCCGGCGCGGGCACCCGCCGAGCCCCAGGUCGCUGAGGGGCCGGGCGAGGCGCGGAGAUGGGGGUGCGCGAAUGUCUUCUGCUGCUUCUGCUGUCCUUGCUGCUGCUUCCUCUGGGCCUCCCAGUCCUGGGCGCCCCCCCACACCUCAUCUGUGACAGCCGAGUCCUGGAGAGGUACAUCCUGGAGGCCAGGGAGGCCGAAAAUGCCACGCUGGGCUGUGCUGAGGGCUGCAGCUUCAGUGAGAACAUCACUGUCCCGGACACCAAGGUUAACUUCUAUGCUUGGAAGAGGAUGGAGGUCCAGCAGCAGGCUGUGGAAGUCUGGCAGGGCCUGGCCCUGCUCUCAGAAGCCAUCCUGCAGGGCCAGGCCCUGUUGGCCAACUCGUCCCAGACAUCCGAGGCCCUGCAGCUGCACGUGGACAAAGCUGUUAGCGGCCUGCGAAGUCUCACCUCCCUGCUUCGGGCACUGGGAGCCCAGAAGGGAGCCGUCCCCCUUCCAAACGCAGCCUCCUCUGCAGCCCCGCUCCGAACGUUCACUGUUGAUACUCUGUGCAAACUUUUCCGAAUCUACUCCAAUUUCCUGCGGGGAAAGCUGACGCUGUACACAGGGGAGGCCUGCAGGAGAGGGGACAGGUGACCCGGUGCUCCCACCCCGGGCACGUCCACCACCUCGCUCACCACCACUGCCUGUGCCACGCCUUCUGCACCUCCACUCCCAACCCCUGUCGAUGGGCCAUCAGCUCAGCGCCAGACUGUCCCACGGACACUCCAGGGCCAGCGGUGAUAUCUCAGGGGCUAGAGGAACUGUUCAGAGCUCAACUCAGAUCUAAGGAUGUCACAGGGUCAGCCUGAGUCUCCAAAGCAGGAGGAAUUCAGAGAGUUCAACUUAAACUUGGGGACAGCGCCAUGCCGGGGAGACACUGAUACUCAUCUCAGUGCCUUGCAGAACUGCGAUGCUGCGUGAUGCUGGGACAAGCUGGACGGCAAAUAAUUCCUUUUGCACCUAGCAAGCAGGGACAGGACGGACUGGAGAAUUUAGGGGGCAAGCCAUGAAUUCUCCGGGUCUCAUGGGGACUCCGUGACAGCAGAGCCCGCUGGAUAAGGAGGGUGGUGGGAGCCGUGAAGAUGGGAUGGGGGCUGCUCCCGGCUCUCACUGGGUCCAAGUCUUGUGUAUUUUUCAAUCUCACUGGCAAGAACUGAAACCGCAACCUGGCUCUUGGCUUUUCUGUUUUCCCGGGAGACCCCUACUUCCCUGGCUCUGCCCCCAUCCUGGCAGCAGGCUGCAGGUCCGGGAAACCAGAGGUGGAGGGGGCCGGGCCCUACGUGCUGCCUCGCAUGGCCCGUCUGACCUGUUGACCCCACUGGGCCUGAGGCCACAAGCUCUGCCCGCGCUGGUCAAUAACGUGGCUCCAUUCAAGGCUAGUCCUCAGUAGGCAUCUGGCCCAGGAUAAGUCUUUUUUUUUUUUUUGGCUGAAUCGCACGGCUUGUGGGAUCUUAGUUCCCCAACCAGGGAUGGAACCUGGGCCCCGGCAGUGAGAGCACGGAAUCCUAACCACUGGACCGCCAGGGAAGUCCCCAGGCUGAUGUCUUUAGUGAGCCUCGGCUGCUGGCAAGGACACAGGAGCCAGCAGGAGGGGCCCCUUUGGGGGCUGGCGGCAGCUGCCCGUGCUCCCUGCUGGACCCUCUUCUCUGUGGCCGCUUCUUCUAAUGCCACAAGCCCAGCACCAGCCUUUGCCACCUCAGCACACAAGCCCCCUCUAAAUCCAGUGGCACUUUCCUUGCCUGGGGAUGGUUACCAUGAAUGCUUUACCCUGAAACUUGCCAAAGGGGCAGUAGUAGAGUGGGGUACAGUGGGAGCCAACUUCCCAGACAACCAUCUCGUUGAUCAAUCACUCUGCCCAGAGCUACUGCAGGUAGUUCACUUAUGUGACCUCAUUUUACUCCUCACACAGCCCUGGGAGAAUGGCCCUGCAGUCAUUCCCAUGGUACAGAUGAAGAAGUAAAGUACCUUGCCCGAGGCCAAGAUGACAGGAUCCCCCAUCCUCCCAGCACUCAGCCCCUUCCCUCUUCUUCU